AUGACGAGCUACGGCACAAUCCCCACGUCUUCGGGCGCCGGAGUUGACCUCGAGUACAUCUCACGCGCUAAGGAGCGUCUGAAGGCCGGCCUCGGCACGCGCCGCCCCUGGCGACAGAUGGUGGAGCUCCACAGCUUCGGACUGCCGAAGUCCGUCCACGAGGCGGUGGAGAGAGUCAAGGCGAACGUCGCCUUCUUCCGGAUGAACUACGUGAUCGUCGUUCUGUUUAUUCUGUUCCUCAGCCUUCUCUGGCACCCGAUCUCGCUCAUCGUCUUCCUCGUCAUGAUGGCGGUGUGGUUGCUGCUCUACUUCCUCCGCGACCAGCCGCUGGUGGUUUUCGGACGGUUGAUUUCGGAUCAGGUGGUGCUGAUAGUCCUGUCGCUGGUGACGCUCGUCGUCCUCUUCCUAACCGACGCCACAAUCAACAUCCUGGUGUCGCUGCUGGUCGGAGUGGUGGUUGUUCUCAUCCACGCCGCCGCGAGGAAGACGGACGAUCUGUUCGUCGAUGAGGAAACCGGAGGAUUAUUGAGGUCAGCCGGCGCUACAUCUCCUUCUUCCUCUUAAAUUAACUUCAAAUUAAUCUUCCCCAAUUUAUCUCCCACGGUCUCUGUUGUUGAUUGAAUACUUGAUUUGAUUAUCUGUGCAUCCCGAUUGUGAUCCUUUGUUUUAGGAAGUUUGUUGUAUGAAUCGUAUGUGUAUUUAUUCACUCUAUACAGCAUUUUUCCAAACCUUUUAA